GCCCUGCGGUUUCUUUUUCUUCCCUUUACUAAGGAAUUGUCACCUCUGUCUGUCGCGCUCUCUCUCUGCUGUCGUAGGUCCCUUACAGGUGUUGCAGCCUAUUAGCAAGCUCGGCCCCACCUCCGCCACUUUAUGUACGUCUGUUGUCUUCCCUACUACGCUCCGGCACUCACCUCAUUUAGUUCUCAUUUUAGCCUUUCCUUUGCUCCUAACCAUGAGCCUCACCGUUUCUCAGACAGCCUAUCUCAGCCUACCUCCCCCAAUCUGCCAUUGCCCGGCUCUCCCUGCUUUGCUUUCUCUCAGGUGUGCGCAGAGGCAGCGACGGACUUUGCUCAGGAGGGGGAGGGAGGGCGAGCAGGAAGCAGUUAAGGAGGGGAGGCUCUUAUUUUGACAGCGGGCAGCCUGAGUGGCUGGAGGCUCCUGUGUCUUCCCUGUACCGAGGAAAGGGGGAAUAAAGCUGGAUGAGGGAUCGGGAGAGGCACGAGGAGGUAUAGAUUAAUAUCUGUCCUUGUGAGACCAUUACCCCAGCAGCGGCAGACAGGAUUAGUACCCCCAGCCAGAAGGGCUCAGGCUGAGAGGAGAUGCCAGGCUGAGAGGGGAUGCCAGACUUGCCUCAGCUCCGGCUGUUUUCGUUAUUCUGCCCCCAUCUUCCCGGCUCUGAGUGUGAGAGCCUAGAGACACUAUACAGCAGGCUGGAGACAGUGACAUAUGGGAGGCCGAGGAGGAGGAGAAGUCUAAGGAAGGUUCUUUGACACCUUCCCCUGUCACCGUAUCUUGCUACCCUCAGUCCGAUGCACCCUGAAAGCAAACUGGCCAAUCAUGGAAAUAUUUCUAGCAGUGGUGGAAAGUCACAGACUCCAAAUGUGAACCAGGGGACCAAAGGGGCUGGGCUUCUUAGCCCGAAAGCUGCUCAUGUAUCCCCGAGUGGAGUAGGUCUGAUAAGUGGACAGAGUCAGGGAUCCAACCAGGCUAAAGGGCAAAGAGAGCCAGCUGGAGAUGUGGAUGAGCAAGGACAAACAGGGCCUCCCCCUAUGGAGCAAGACCCCAAAGGAGAGUUACCUUCCCGUAGUAAGCGACGCUGUGUCCUUGAGCGAAAGCAGCCAUAUAGUGGAGAUGAGUGGUGUUCAGGAGCAGACAGUGAGGAAGAUGAAAAGAACCUUGUGGUCACCCACAACUGUAAUACAGGUGAAUCUUUGAUGUCUACACCAACAUUACCAGGUUCAGGAUCUGCCUCUCUUCCUGGGAUCAACGAUACCAGUUCUUCUAGUACCCCCCAUAGAGUUGUCCCCAGUCUAAGUGGGGAUGGUGGAGGGUCCUUAGGUCCGUCCAAAACCCCAUCACAAAGUGUUUAUGUCUUCACAACAUUCUUGGCAAACAAAGCAGCAGAAUCUGUUUUACAAGGACAUACCGACUCUAUCCUCAUCUACCACAAGCAAAAUGUGCCCCGUAGAAAACUGGAUGAGGUUUCUCCCCAAGAGCCUUUAAAUACUCAAGAUCCUGAAGAAACGAUACCUGUACCGAGCAUUCCCACGUCUGCAGUACAAAAAACAGCCAAAAAUCCUUCUCCUGCUCCUAGUCAAGCUCCUCCAAAACUAGUAUCGCAGGAAAUCAUUAAUGAUGAAGCAAACAAAGAGUUAACUCCACUUGGUAAUGGCCGUAAUCAUCUUGCUAGUGGACACUCUAAUCCAUUGCCACCCUUGUCUCAGUCACCCAGUGCUCCCUUACCUGGAGAUAAUUCACUUUUGGGUGACACUAACCAGGUUGAUAGUGGCACAGACAGCCUCUCUAAAGAGCAACUUGAGCAUAGGGAACGCUCUCUUCAGACGCUUAGAGAUAUUGAAAGGUUGCUUCUCCGAAGUGGUGCAGCCAAUGAAUCCUUCCCAAAGCACAACUCGAGCACUGGCGAGGGACCGGCCAACACUCCAAGUCAUAUUAAGAAAUAUGAAGAGCCUUUACAAUCAAUGAUAACACAGACACAGAGCUUGGGGGGUCCAGGAAUGGAGCAAGAUUUGGCAGGCAACCAAACUGGUCCUAAUAUGGGGCACCAGAUGAGCCUAAUGAUGCAGCGCAUGGGUCAUGACAGCCUCACUCCAGAGCAAGUUGCAUGGAGGAAACUGCAGGAAGAAUAUUAUGCAGAAAAAAGGAGAAAAGAGGAACAUAUGUCUAUACAUGGAAGAUCAGGACCUGAAAUGAUUCUUCAGGGACCACCCCCACCUUAUCACAACAAACCUGGAGAGCAGUGGCCUGGUAAUAGAAUACAGGUACCCAUGGACAACCAAGAAGCAAUGCAGCUUCGGAGUGGCGGAAUUUCAUUUCAAGGGCCGCGUUUCCCUGGCAGAUAUGGAGCCAUGCAAAAUAUUCCUAUGGAUGCAGUGGGAGUCAUGUCAAGACCAACUCGUUGGGUUGAGGAUAUGCCACCAGUUGAUGGAGGGCAAAGUAAUUUUGCACAAAUUGGAAUGGCAUACCCUGGAGGUAUUCAAGGAGAAAUGGAAAGGUUACUUAACCCUCGUGCUCGUGAGGAACUUCUGCAACAACAGUUGAUAGAGAAGCGUACAGGAGUUAUGCAAAGGCAGCUAUCCAUGCCUUGUGGGCAGGGAAUUGAGAUGAUAACCCACAGGCAAGGUGACCCCUCUAUGUUCCCUGGAGAAGCAAUGGGUACAGGUUCUGCUGUGGACAUUGAAUUUGGGGCAUCUCGAGGAAUGCUGAGUCCUACCCUUGGUCAGUCAGGUACAGGCAGGGAAAUUGACCCUACAAUUGGAGGAAGAGAAAAUCUUAAUAUGAACAUGAGUGUGAACAUGAAUAUGAACCUUAAUCUACAAAUGGCAGCACAACAGCCAAUGCUUUUGCCACAAAAAAUAAGGGGAGUUGGAGACUUAAUGAAUUCCCAGGGAGAUAUUGGAUCAGAGGAUUUAGUGCGGACAGCACGGGCACAAAAUGGAAGUGGCAUGGUUGGAGGACCCCAGAAGAUGCUUCCUGGACAGUUUCCUCAGGGACAGGCAGGGUUUCCCCCAGGGCAAGGUUCAUACCCUGGCAUGCAGCAGGAGAUCGGUAUGGACAUAUUUGGACCAGAGCAAGGUCCAGUGGUGGGCACUACAAGGCUUAGCCACAUGCCAGUUUCCUCCACACCUGGUAGUACACCAUCAAAUAUUGGGUUAGAUCACAUGGCUACCAGCAGGAAUUUGACGCGUAGAACUACAGAACUCACAGUAAAUGCAAACCAGAUGGAAUCUCCUGUUAUAAGCCACAUUAAAUCCCCACACCAAGGGCAGGUUCAUUCUCCUCUUAUUUCUUCCCCUUUAUCCAACCUUAAGUCUCCCCUGACUCCAGGAAAUCAGAUGGGUUGCUUGCCUUUGCCCAACCCUCCAGAUUCUCUAAAAUCACCCCAGGUGCUGGGCUCAUCAAUGAGUGCACGAUCACCUAAUGUAUCUCCUGGAAGGCUAAAGUCACCCCAGAUAAAUGCCCCCUCUCCAGGGUGGGCUGCAUCACCCAAAGCCACCAUAUCCAGUCCAGGUGUACCACCAAGCAAACAGGCAAUGGGCCUGAAUGCUACAGCUUCUCUUGGUGUAAUGGAUCAAGAUGAACUUCCUUCUCAAAAUCCUUUGUCCUUAAUGAUGUCCCAGAUGUCCAAAUAUGCUAUGCCCAGCUCUAUUCCACUGUAUCACAAUGCCAUCAAAACCAUUGCCACCUCUGAUGACGAGCUUCUCCCUGAUCGUGUACUGCUACCGCCAGGAAAUCAGCAUGGCUCUACGAUGAAUCCUCCUAUGUCUUUGCACUUAAACUUGAACUCCUCACAAAGCCCCAUAGGGAACAUAAACGUCCCAGGACAGUCAACUCUCUCACAUGAACAACCACCAUCUCUUCUCACUGGCCCUGGGCCUCCAAUGCACCCACCAAUUGGGUCCACCAUGCAAAACCCUUUAUUGACUUCCUCAGUUACACAAGAUCCUUGUUGCCCUGGUCCUGGCACACAAAUGAUGUCCUCCAACCAGCUGGUCUUCCCAUCACGCUUGCAGCCUGGGCACCAAGGAGGGGGAGGCAGCUCCAUGCAGCCCCAUUACACAGAAGACACAACCUCCCAGCCAUGUUUGCCCCACAGAAUGUCAGACCCUUAUGGCCCUGUUCUGCCUUCAGUGCUUACUGACCCAGAUUUGGGAGAGGUCAUUCGUCCAACAGCCACUGGCAUCCCAGAAUUUGACUUGUCAAGGAUCAUGCCCUCAGAGAAACCCAGCAGCACUUUGCAGUACUUUCCUAAGGGGGGUACACAGGUACCAAAACCACACCCAACCAACAUGCACCUUCUGGGACUUCAGAAUAUGAUGAUUGAACAACACCCAGGCCGUUCAGGACCAAGUCUUCCAGGCCCACAAAGAUCACUUGGAAUGCCCCCACUUCCUACCAUGGGCCGGACAGGGAUGGUGCCUCCCCCACAGAUGAUGCAACAGAACUUUAUGAUGAUGAAACAGAGGAGUGUAUCAGGGGAGAUGUACCUACAAGGUGCUCCAAUGUUAUCUCCCCAAGGCCCUCUUGGUGGGCACUUGCCUGGACAACAGAGCAUGUUGGUUGGACACCAAAUGAGGCAGCGCAGUGUGUCCUUGGAUACUUAUAUCACAGGGCCAGGGCACCUACCAUUCUAACAGCAGAGACUUGCUAACACCAACUCCCUCUGGUAGCUCUUCAGUGCCAACUUCCCUAGCCAGCUUCUCUCCCAAGUGCCAACUUAUUUUUCUUCAACUGUCUUGCUAGUAUUUAUUUUGUACCACAUGCUUCUGUUUUAACAGAUAAAGAAAUUAUUUAUAAUUUUCCUAUCCUUUCCCUGGCUGGAUAUUAAUUAACUUUCCUACUACGCUUAACUUCAAAUGGUAAAUUUUGUUGCAAUACAGAGUGACAAUUUUCACAACAUUUUACAACUGCCUUUUAUUGUUUUUAGAUUUUCUUUCAGCUCACCAUCUGUGACUUGUUUGUAAUACUGCUAUUUGUGCCAGUCAUUUUACUGUUUUACCCUUUUUUUUACAGUUACUCUUUCUGUACCAUAACUUAUUUUGUGGACACUGUUAUUAAGGCAAGUCUUGCAUCAUCUCAGAAUCUUGUUUGUACACCAGAAUGGGAAUGGACCUGAUGUCCAUUCCCAUGCCCUGGCUACACAAUUAAAUGGAUAAGAGAACUGGGGGAAUGUGGAGAGAGCAGUGACAUCUAGGAAGUGCUGAAUGGAAAGUGAAAGUAAUUGCUUGCCCCACCUCUAUGCC